AUGAAAUUACCUAUCUUGCUAUUUAUUUCUUUACUUCCUGGGGCAAGCUUUGGAGCUGUGGAAAAUGCCAAUCUAAUAAGAGAUCAUGUGACAUGCAACGAAGUGCAGUUCACGAGAGCUGAUAUUGAAAGGGCGGCAAACGCUGCACUCCUGCACCAUAAUGCUGGGACCACGGUCGGGCCCUAUCCUCCGGGAGAUGGUAGAAACUAUCCCAAGCGCUUCAACAACAGGGAAAACAUUCCUCUGGCUCCCAAUUGCAACAAUGCACAGCUGGAAGAAUUCCCGCUCGUGCGUACCAUAGUAUACCCCGGAGGGACGCCAGCAUCUCAACGAGUAGCAGUUAACUACCCUUCUAACAAUCAAAACGUUCGCGUGCGCCAGUUAAUGUAUAGCCUGGAGUUCUCCAAAGCUGUGCAGUAUUCCUACAGAGGCUAUGCAGUAGCUCCACUAUUACGACUCACUUGGUGUGCCUUAUCAAUGUGGAUUGUUGCUAACUUCCUCAAGUUUAGCACUCGCGAGGUUAAUGUUGGAACGUGA